AUGCAACCUCCAGCUUCUUCAUUCCCCCCACAGCCUGGUUCCUUUGGAACUGUAGUGUCACAGGCCACAGUUCCUCCAGGCCCACCUCUUGUGAUUGAAGGAAGUUCAUCACUUGCUGGAAAUUAUUCUUUCAGUGGAAAGGUGCAGCAAAAUCAGACAGAUCUAUCACAUCGAACUAAUGUGAGAGCUGAUGGUUUGGGAGCGAUGAAUUCUGCACAAACAUUUAUGCAAUCUGGUUCUCAGUCUGCUCAUCCACAUCCUAGUCCUAAUAUGCCUAUGUGGAUGCCCUCCGCACCAACAUUUCAAGUGCCUACAGGGAUUUCUAAAACUCCCAUAAUAGCUUCUACUUCUCCAUCUACUUCAACUAUCCUAUCUUCAUCUGCCGACUCAAGUGCACAUAUAAGAACCUUUAUGCCCCCUGCUCCUGUUAGUGUUAUCUAUAACCCCUCAAUUCAGCAUAAUUUCCCACCCCCUUCUCCUCAGGAGGUGUGGUUGCAGCCACAGCAGAAUAAUGGCUUAGCUAGACCACCAUUUUCUCCAUAUGCAGCUCGCUCUGGUCCUUAUUCCAUGCCCUCUUGUGGUGUUUCAUAUCCUGAUAUCCAACCCCCUGGUGUUGGUGUUUCUCCACCUAUAUCUGCAGUUGGAGUCCCUGCUGCUGAUGGUCAGCCUGUGGGUUCUGGACAGGCGGAGUUACCUUCGGGAAUUGAUGCCAAAGAGCAACAGGAUGCUUGGACUGCGCACAGGACAGAAACCAGCACUGUCUAUUAUUAUAAUGCGGUGACGGGGAAGUCAACAUAUGAGAAGCCACCUGGUUUUAAAUUAGAGUCUGAUAGAGCCACUCUGCAGACAACUCCUGUUUCAUGGGAGAAAUUGACUGGUACAGACUGGACAUUGGUUACCACUAAUGAUGGAAAAAAAUAUUACUACAACUCUACAACUCAGUUAAGCAGCUGGCAAAUACCCAGCGACGUAAUAGAAUUGAAGAAGCAGCAAGAUGCUGAUGCUCUGAAAGCUCAAUCAGUGCUGGUUCCAAGUGUCGAUAUGAAUAAAGGAGUGGAUCUUGUUAUCUUGAGCACUCCUGCCGCUAACACAGGUGGUCGUGAUGCCACAUCUGUUAGACCUGCAGGUGCCUCUACUUCCUCUUCUGCACUGGAUCUCAUAAAAAAGAAGCUGCAAGAUUCUGGAAUACCUGAUUCUACAUCUCACGGUGCAGCUUUAUCGAUCACGGUGUCUUUAGAACUGAAUGGGUCAAAACCAACUGACGCUCCCUCCAGGGAUCCACAAAUGGAGAAAAAUAAAGAUAAGCGCAAGGAUACAAAUGGUGAUGUUGAUACGUCUAAUUCCUCUUCAGACUCUGAGGAUGAAGAUGGAGGUCCCACCAAGGAGGAGUGCAUCCUUCAAUUCAAGGAAAUGCUUAAGGAAAAAGGAGUGGCACCAUUCUCCAAAUGGGAGAAGGAACUUCCCAAAAUAGUGUUCGAUCCUCGCUUUAAGGCUGUUCCAAACCAUGAUGCACGAAGAGCUAUUUUUGAGCAUUAUGUCCGGACACGUGCUGAAGAAGAGCGUAAGGAAAAGCGAGCUGCUCAGAAGGCGGCUGUGGAGGGUUUCAAGCAGUUACUAGAAGAAGCGAAGGAGGAGAUUGACCAUAAAACUGAUUUUCAAACAUUCAAGAGGAGAUGGGGUGAUGAUCCACGGUUUCUGGCCUUGGACAAGAAAGACAGGGAAACUUUGCUGAACGAGAGGGUUUUGCCUCUGAAGAGGUCCGCUCAAGAAAGAGCUCAGGCAGAGCGUGCUGCUAUAGUAUCUAAUUUCAAGUCGAUGCUUCAGGACAGGACAGAUAUUACCUCGAGUUCCCGAUGGUCAAAGGUGAAGGACAGCUUCAAAAGUGAUCCAAGAUACAAGUCUAUCAAGCAUGACGAUCGGGAGAAGUUGUUUGAUGAAUAUGUUGCCGAAUUGAAAGCUGCUGAAGAGGAGACAAUGCGGAAGGCAAAAGCAAAACAGGACGAGGAGGAAAAACUCAGGGAAAGAGAACGAUCUCUAUGCAAACGAAAAGAAAGAGAGGAACAAGAAGUUGAGAGGGUGAGGCGAAAAGCUCACAGGAAGGAGGCUAUUGAAUCAUAUCAAGCUUUAUUGGUAGAAACAAUAAAAGAUCCUCAGGCAUCCUGGACAGAAUCAAAGCCUAAGUUGGAGAAGGAUCCUCAAGAACGUGCUGCAAAUCCUCAUUUAGAUAAAUCCGACUUGGAGAAGCUUUUCCGGGAGCACGUUAAAACGUUGUAUGAGAGAUGCAUGGUGGAGUUUAAGGGUCUAUUGGCAGAUGUGAUAACUGAGGAGGCAGCGGCUGCCGGUCAAGAAACAGAAGGUAAAAAAACUGUGGUUACAUCUUGGUCGACAGCCAAACAAGUCCUAAAGAAUGAUCCAAGAUACAAUAAAAUGCCGAGAAAGGAAAGAGAGACUCUGUGGCGCCAACAUGCUGAGGGCAUAAUGCGAAAGCUCAAGAAAUCGAGCCAAGUUGAAGUUGAUGGCCGGAGAACUCAUGCCAGAUAG